GAUUUUCACAGCUCGUAAUUACAAGUAGUCGUCGGUAUUUUGGAACAAAUAACAACAGUAUUAGGUUUGUUAAUCAACGGCGAUUGCAAUUAUUGGAGGCUGAGGCAAAUUCAUUUCCCAAUAACGUGGCCAAACAAGUUGAAUAUUAUAAAGAACUACUUAAAGCUAAUAACCAUAGUGCGAUUAUCACUCGAUUCGAACGUGGGAAUUUUGCACAUGAUGAUGAAUGUUUUCGAGCGUAUAUCACUGCUUUGGCUAGAACGGGUCAAGCGGAUAAAGUCUUACCAAAAAUAAUGCAAAAAUUAGAACAAACUGGUGUUAUUGGCGUUGAUGGUGCUUCAAAGAGAGCAACUUCAACGAACGAUUUGGUACAUACAAUUAUUAAAGGCCAAGGAAAAAAGACUACAGCAGAAAGUGGAUCAUCAAAUACAACAUCAAAUGCUGGUAAUAAAGAAAAUCCUAUUUAUGUUGUAAUUGAAGGAGCACGAGGAUAUAUGUUUUGGCGGGCUUUACGAUGGGUUGGCAUUACAUUCACAUAUGCCUUUUGUAUUAUUACUUUUCUUAGUAUUGCUAUGGAAAAUUCAGGACUAUUAAAGACCGGUGGAUCACAGUCGGAAUUUGAACCAUCUUCACAACAGGUGGUUAAAUUUUCUGACGUGCAUGGUGUUGAUGAAGCCAAAGAAGAGUUGGAGGAAUUAGUUGAAUUCUUAAAAGACCCUUCAAAGUUUACAGGAUUAGGAGGGAGACUUCCAAAAGGUGUUUUACUUACUGGCCCUCCAGGUACUGGAAAAACAUUAUUAGCACGUGCUGUUGCGGGGGAAGCUGGU